UCUAUCCCCACCACAUUUUUCAGGCUUCAUACUUCUCUAUCGUACGAAAUCAUCAGAGGACCACCAACAUCUUUUAUUGCUCUUCUUGCCAUUCAACCUUUUUCCUCCUUCAAUCAAAACCUGGUAUUUCUGAUACCUAUUCUAAACCCCGCUCUCUCUCUCUGUGUGCUUCUGACAUCCCUUCCGAUAUAGCUGCACAUUUUGAUUCAAAAAUCUAUCUAGAAUGGAGACGAAUUUCAGUUCUUAUUAUAAUCUUCACUGGCUCUCUAGCUUGAAGAAAAGUGAUAGGAAACACCAUAAUGGUCAUUCAGAGAAGCCUGAUCAUGUUGAAGAAGAUAAUAUGUCUCCAUCUUUCCAUCUACGGAAUAUUUCAAAACUCAUCCUGCCACCACUUGGUGCUUCUAGUUACAACCAGAACCCAGUACAAACAAAAGGGUGGAUCAUAUCUCCAAUGGAUUCAAGAUACAGGUAUUGGCAGAGUUUGAUGGUGCUUCUGGUGGCUUAUUCAGCAUGGGUUUAUCCCUUUGAAGUUGCUUUCCUGCACAGUUCUCCAAAUAGGGAAAUGUUCUUAGUGGACAAUGUUGUUGAUCUUUUCUUCGCUGUCGACAUUGUUAUCACAUUCUUCGUAGCUUUCAUUGAUCGAAGAACUCAACUAUUGGUCAGAGACUCAAAAAGAUUGCGGGUUAGGUACUUAUCAACUUGGUUCGUGAUGGAUGUGGCAUCAACUAUUCCAUAUGAGGCAAUAAGUCACGUAAUCACAGGCAAACACAAGGUAGGUCUUGUUUGCUACCUUCUGGGCAUGCUUAGAUUUUGGCGACUCAGAAGAAUGAAGCAAUUUUUUACCAGGUUAGAGAAAAACAUUAGAUUCAGCUACUUCUGGAUCAGAUGUGCAAGGCUUCUCUUGGUAACAUUAUUUUCGGUUCAUUGUGCUGGGUGCCUCUACUAUCUCCUAGCUGAUCGGUAUCCUCGCCAAGGAAAGACAUGGAUUGGGGCAGUGAUCCCAAAUUUCAGAGAGACAAGCCUUUGGAUCAGAUACAUUUCAGCCAUGUACUGGUCCAUCACCACCAUGACCACUGUUGGUUAUGGUGACCUCCAUGCUGUCAACACUGUUGAAAUGAUAUUCAUUAUUUUUUACAUGCUCUUCAAUCUUGGCCUCACUGCUUACUUGAUUGGUAAUAUGACAAAUCUUGUUGUUGAAGGAACUCGCCGUACUAUGGAGUUUAGAAAUAGCAUUGAAGCUGCAUCAAGUUUUGUGGGGCGAAAUCGAUUGCCUGCUAGGUUGAAAGAGCAGAUUCUGGCCUACAUGUGUUUGAGAUUUAAGGCAGAGAGCUUAAAUCAAUAUCAGCUUAUUGAACAACUACCAAAGUCCAUUUGCACAAGCAUCUGCCAGCAUUUGUUUUUGCCAACGGUGGAGAAAGUCUAUCUGUUCAAGGAUGUCUCUAGGGAAAUUCUCUUGUCUAUGGUUGCGAAAAUGAAGGCAGAGUAUCUACCACCUAGAGAGGAUGUUAUUAUGCAAAAUGAAGCACCAGAUGAUGUUUACAUCAUAGUGUCAGGAGAAGUAGAGAUCAUUGAUUGUGUAAUGGAGAAAGAGAGAACUUUAGGGACUUUGCUAACAGGGGACAUGUUUGGAGAAGUUGGUGCACUUUGUUGCAAACCUCAAUACUUUACCUAUAGAACCAAAACUCUCACACAGGUUUUGAGGCUCAAAACCAAUGCUCUAAUUGAAGCAAUGCAAAUUAAAAAGGAAGACAAUCUACAAAUACUCAAAAAUUUCCUUCAGCAUUUCAAGCAACUAAAAGAUAUAAGUAUUAGAGAUUUAAUGGUGGAGAGUGGAGAAGAAGAGGAUCCAAACAUGGCUGUGAACUUAUUAACUGUGGCCAGCACAGGCAAUGCAGCUUUUCUUGAAGAGCUUCUCAAGGCAGGUUUGGAUCCUGACAUUGGGGACUCAAAAGGGAAAACCCCCUUGCACAUAGCUGCAUCAAAUGGGCAUGAAGAGUGUGUAAAAGUCUUGCUUAGGCACGCAUGCAACAUACACAUAAGAGACUUCAAUGGUAACACUGCCUUAUGGGAUGCCAUAGCAUCAAAACAUCACUCCAUAUUCAGAAUCCUCUACCAACUUGCUUGCCUCUCUGAUCCACAAACAGGAGGUGAUCUCCUGUGUACAGCAGCAGAAAGAAAUGAUCUAACAGUAAUGAGUGAGCUUUUGAAACAAGGAUUGAACAUAGACUCGAAAGAUCGCCAUGGUAUGACAGCAACCCAAGUAGCCAUUGCAGAGAAUCAUGUGGAAAUGGUUCAGCUGCUUGUCAUGAAUGGAGCAGAUGUUUCUGACAUAAGAACUCAUAAUGUUUCUGCUUCUGCUUUGAAUGAAAUGCUGCGAAAGCGUGAGACCGGGCAUCGGAUCACAGUACAUGAGGCCACACCUAGUGAGCAUGUAGUAAGGGGAGAUGAAAGUGAGCAGGAUGAGGAGGAGCAGAGUUGGGGAAGAUCUAGCAAACCUAGCUUCCCAAGAGUGAGUAUAUAUAGAGGCCACCCUGUAAACAGAAGAAACAAAAAUUGCAAGGAAGCUGGGAGGCUCAUAAGGUUUCCUGAUUCACUUGAGGAGCUCAAGAGAAUUGCAGGUGAGAAGUUUGGGUUUGAAGCAAAAGACGCAAUGGUGACAAAUGAAGAAGGAGCAGAAAUAGACUCUGUUGAAGUGAUUAGAGACAAUGAUAAACUUUUCAUUGUUGGAUAGCAAAAAUUUAGAAAAAUAAAAAAUAAUGUAAAAUGUGAACUGCUAGGGGCUUCUCAUCCUUCUCUUU